UAUGACACGCAAUAACGGUAUUACGCUACCGUUGUUAAAUUAAAACUGCGUCGCGUAUAUUCUACACGUAAACUAUUGUUUUUAUAACCGUAAUUAAAAGACUGUAUACAUAUAUAUAUGUAUAUAUAUAUAUCCUUUCAACACACAACGAGAAAUAAGUAAACGACAGUCGGGCAGAGGAAAUCGUAGCGCGCACGCCGCAUCUCGCGUCACGUAGGCAACCUCCGACAGUUCGUUUGGAUUCGUUUGACAGCUCGCGAUCGUAAAAACGAGCGUACGAGUGCGUGCCGCGACAGGUAACGCGAAUUCUCGGUGAGAUACGCAUCUGUGUGGCUCGCGAGGAACCUCGUCGCUGUUCGUACGCACGGUUUUUCCAGUAAUUGAGGGAUUACGAUUAUAAAACAUGGUAGUGCUUAGCAGCUUCUUGCCACCACAAGAAGGGAUACGUCACGAAGAACCAAACACUACAGUAUAUAUCAAUGGUAGAGAAGUAGGCAAGGGUACAUUCUACGUCACAGAAAGCGUACUUUCUUGGAUGAACAAUGACACACAACAGGGAUUUUCGCUUGAAUAUCCUCAUAUUUCAUUACACGCUAUUGCACGAGAUGAACAAGUCCAUCCACGACAAUGUUUAUAUAUUAUGGUUGAUGCCAAAGUAGACCUCCCAGAUAUGCCAUUAGCAUUAUCAUCUGAAAACGCUUCGGAAAACGAUGAGAAUGAUGCGGACACUCCAAUUACGGAAAUGCAAUUUGCGCCUGAUAAUACGAAUAAUUUAGAAUUAAUGUUUCAAGCAAUGAAUGCGUGUCAAGCGCUUCACCCUGAUCCACAAGAUAGCUUCUCAGACGAGGAUAUUUAUGAAGAUGCCGAGGAAGACUAUGAAGGUGAAUAUGACGAGGAAGUAGGUGCUGGCGACGCACCUUGCAUUUUGCCAGAGCAAAUGGGGACCAAUUAUACGGGAGCGGAAGCGGAAGAAGCUAUGGAUAUUGAAGCGGGUCAAUUCGAAGACGCGGAAGAAGAUCCUUAAAAAGCGAUCAUUAGAUGCAGACAUGCAUUUAGUGUUAAUUUACACGCGUUUAUCAAUUUCAUAUAUGUAUUUCGGUAGAUAUAUACGUGACGUCGUUAUUGCAAAACUUACUAUGGAGCCGUAUCAAACGUUAAAGCACCUAAACAUUUAUUUAUAUUCAUUUUGUACAUGGCGAUAAUUUCCUAGAUAAAAAUAAAUAAUUGUACAUCACAAUA